AUGCCUACAGCGAACCAAAAUCUACGAAACCGGAAGCUACAGCAGCAAGACUCGUCCGAACGCACACAGCCUCCGGCCGGAUCACGGCGCAAAGGUGGCUCGAAGGGUGGUGCGUCCAGCAGCAAUCUGCGCUUCAGUUUCAUCUGUCUCGUUAUCAGUGCCUCGCUGCUUAUAUUCCUGCUCGGCGCGUACACCGAUUCGUUCCAUCCGAUCAUAGAUGGCAUUGCCGGGAAGCUCGGUUACCAUGAGAAAAUCUAUGCCGUCGUGAUAGAUGCCGGUUCGACCGGGAGUCGGGUGCUCGCGUUCGAAUUUCACCAUGGCUACCUCGACGGGCGCUUAGUGCUGGACUAUGAGCUGUUCGAGCAAUCGAAACCGGGCCUGUCCGCGUUUGCCGACCGUCCGGCGGAAGGUGCGGCCAGUAUCGGGAAAUUGCUAGAUCUUGCCAAAAAGGUUGUACCACAGGAUAAGCUCGCGGAGACUCCGUUGGUGUUGAAGGCAACCGCUGGGUUGCGAUUACUGAAGCCAGCGCAAGCGGAAGCCCUUCUAGCCGCCUGUCGCGAGUUGUUUAAAUCGUCCGGCUUUCUGGUGAACGAACUGGCGGUGGAAAUAAUGGAUGGUACGGAUGAGGGUAUCUUUUCCUGGUUUACGGUGAAUUUCUUAUUAGGAAAAUUGAAUGGCCGCAAUACAGUAGCUGCGCUGGAUCUCGGUGGUGGAAGCACGCAGGUUACGUUUGCUCCCAAAGACGUAUCGCAGACACCGCUGUACAAAGACUACAUGCACCGAGUGCCCACGUUCACCUCGUACGUUGAGGUGUUCACCAAUAGCUAUCUCGGGGCAGGACUGCACGCGAUACGACAUGCGGUGUUCACACACCGGGCAGCAGAGAAUCAAACGAAGCUGACCAGCGAAUGCGUUAAUCCCAUCAUACACGACAAGCUGUUCCGGUACGGUACGGGACAGUACUACAUCAGCGGCAAAGAUAACCCGAAGGCAACGGCCGAAAAUCCGGUCGUCGAUUAUGAGCUGUGCGCGUCGAUCGUGAAGCAGAAACUGUUGCCAGCGCUGAAACCUAAGCCGGUGACAUUGAAGCAGCAUGAAAUAUCUGCCUUCAGCUACUUCUUCGAUCGUGCCAUUGAGACGGGGCUAGUUGAUCCAAUGCAGGGUGGUGAGACGACGGUUGGUGAGUUCGUUACCAAAUCUCGAGAGGUAUGCGCCGAAGCAAACGCAGAUCAACCGUUCAUGUGUGUGGACCUGGUGUUUAUUUCUACACUGCUUGAGGAAGGCUAUGGGUUGAAGGCAAAAACGCCGCUGAAGUUGUACAAAAAGAUUGACGGUCACGAAAUUUCGUGGGCCUUGGGCUGUGCGUACAACAUUCUGACGAGUCGCGAAAAUGCGAUGAAACAUAAAUAA